AUGGGUAGAAGUCCAUGUUGUGUGAAAGAAGGCUUGAAUAGGGGAGCAUGGACGGUUUACGAGGAUCAGAUUCUCAUUGACUACAUCACCACUCAUGGAGACGGGAAGUGGAAAGAACUUCCUAAAAAAGCAGGAUUGAAUCGAUGCGGGAAGAGUUGCAGGCUCCGAUGGUUGAAUUAUCUGAGGCCAGGUAUCAAGAGAGGAAACAUUUCCGCAGAAGAAGAGGAGCUUAUCAUGAGACUUCAUAGACUUCUGGGUAACAGAUGGUCGCUUAUAGCAGGAAGACUACCGGGGCGAACGGACAAUGAAAUAAAGAACUACUGGAACACCAGCCUAAGCAAGAAGUUGCGAGCAGGUGAUCAGACACCAGAAAAGCAAGUAGUUAUUAACAAAUCCAAAGGCAAGAAGAUGGUGGAAGCAGCUGGGAAUUCCGCCUUAAGCACGUUGUCCUCCAAAGUCAGCCAAGAACCACCGCGUGUGAUCCGAACCAAAGCUGUGAGAUGCACCAGAGUCUUCUUUCCACCGCAACAAGGGAGUGAGUGUCAUCAUGUUGAUGAGACGAUGAUCAAUAAAAGGGAGGAACCUGCAUUAGCUUCUUCUUCUUCGGGUUUCAACUGUACUCCGUCGACGUUGUCGUCAAUAAUCCAAGCAGACGGUGACUAUUCGAAUUUUCUGACAGACUUGGACAUUGGCGAACUACUUUCUAUGCCGGAUUUCUUGCAAUUCUGUAGUGAGGGGAUUGAUCAUCAGGAAAAUGACAAUGUGAUCAUGGAUGGAGAAGAUUUGCCUUGGUUUUCAGAUUAUCCCUUCUCUGCCCCUUAUGAGAUAAUGCUUCCAGAAUCAACGGAUGAUCGAUGUAAUACCUGA